CUUGUGUAUUGCCGUCGAACAAGCCUGGCGCAACCCAGGAACACAUUGUCAUCUCUCCAAAACCUUGAAUCAGCAUGUCUAGGCGGCUCACGCGGCUCACCGCCGCCCUUCUCGCCGUGCUCGUCACGCCCGCGGCAGCAUAUGCCUCCAAUGGCAUGACCGUCGCCGACCUCGCAGUGCGGGCCGACGACACUGUCUGGCGCGAUGCCAUUGUUCAUCUCAACGCGACCAAUGCGACUUCCGUCCCAGGCUACAACAUCAGCGCCCCGUACUCCAAAUAUCCGCAGCGUACGCCGGACUGGGAGCUUGCCAUCAGCGUCACGGCCGAUAUCCCUACCACAGAGCCGGCAGGCAAGUUCUUCACCGGCACGGCCAUCAACUGGACUCCGGCUCUCGAGCUGAGAAGGAACGGGACGGUGCGCGGGGACAAGUCAUGGACCGUGUGCAUGGGCGUGUACAAAGGCGCCAAGUUGCGGACCGACAAGGUGCAAGUUGACUCGACGUGCGACGGAAUCCUGCCCGACAAGUGCGUCAAGGAGCUCCAACAACAAGCAAGUGGCAACAGCGUGUGCAGCAGAACUGCAUCCCUGCCAAGCGAAUGCGUCGAUGAGAUGGGCAAAGGAGAUAUCCAAGGUUACUCAGUUGAUGCGUCAUUUGGGCCGGAGACGAACAGGUCGUCAGUAGGAUUUUACUACAGCUCGGAAAAGGAGGGGCACGAUAAAGGAAACACCACGGCCUAUGACGACGCAAUCCGGCAGGUAUGGGUCGUCAUGACCGGUUUCGCCAGCAACACGACAGACUCCCGUCGCAACUCGCCCAGGCAGGAAACCGACGCGCAGGGGUCGCUGAGAUGCAUUCGCGCCCAAAAGUUCAAGGACGGGAGUCGCAGUUACGAUAGUGCGGCGUCGGGUCGGCAGCUGGGCUUUGCAUCGUGGGCCACGGCGGUCCUCGUUCCUACAUGUAUUGCAAUUCUCUUGUGA